GCAAAAAAAUGAGAAAGCGCUUGAGGUGAAAGGAAAAAGAAAGAAAGAAAAAAUCUGCAGAAGAGCAGAAGCUGCACACACAGGAGGACCUUCGAGAAACUUUGAGCAACUUUUCAGGACACUCAAAAGGCUUUCAAAAUGGGUUUAGUGUCAGUUUUUGUGAGUGUGUUUUUGCUCCAUUUCAUCCACUUUAAAUCAACAUCUGCUGCCCCUUCUCCUAUCAUCAAAUUUCUUGGAGAUGACACUCCCGUAACAGACAAAGAAGUUGCACUGCGCUACCUAAACACAUUCUAUGGGUGCCCGGAAGACCGAUGCAACCUGAUGGUGCUUAAGGACACCUUGAAAAAAAUGCAAAAGUUCUUCUCCUUGCAAGAGACUGGCGAGAUUGACGCCAAGACUGUUGAGAUCAUGAAGAAGCCCCGCUGCGGUGUGCCAGAUGUGGCCAACUAUAACUUCUUCCACAGAAAACCACUGUGGCAGAAGAAAGACAUCACAUAUAGAAUUCUCGGCUACACUCCGGAUCUAGAUGAGGAAGUCAUCAAUGACGCUUUCUUCAGAGCCUUCAAAGUGUGGAGUGAUGUCACACCGCUGUCAUUCAAUCGCCUAAUGGACGGAGAGGCUGACAUUAUGAUCAAUUUUGGUCGCAAUGAGCAUGGCGAUGGUUACCCAUUUGAUGGCAAAGACGGCCUCUUGGCGCACGCCUUCGCACCCGGCCCAGGAAUAGGCGGCGACUCCCACUUUGACGACGACGAGCAGUGGACGCUCGGAGAUGGCCAAGUGGUAAAGGUGAAGUUCGGGAAUGCGGACGGAGAGUUCUGCAAAUUCCCCUUCCUGUUCCAGGGGACCGAGUACACCAGCUGCACAUCUCAAGGCCGCGACGACGGAUUCUUGUGGUGCUCUACCACUUACAACUUUGACGACGAUGGCAAAUAUGGCUUCUGUCCUCACGAAUUGCUCUUCACCCUGGGUGGAAAUGCCGAAGGCGCUCCGUGUAAAUUUCCAUUCACCUUCCAGGGCGACAAGUAUGACAGCUGCACCACCACAGGAAGAGAUGACGGCUAUCGCUGGUGUGCCACAACCGACAACUACGACCAGGACAAAACCUACGGCUUCUGCCCCGAAACCGCCAUGUCAACCGUGGGAGGCAACAGUGAAGGGGGGCCCUGUGUCUUCCCCUUCACCUUCCUGGGAGACACCUAUGACUCCUGCACCACGUCCGGGCGCAGUGAUGGCAAGAAGUGGUGUGGUACGACCAAGAGUUACGAUGAUGACCGCAAGUGGGGUUUCUGCCCAGCCCAAGGUUACAGUUUAUUCCUGGUGGCUGCUCAUGAAUUUGGCCAUGCCCUUGGUUUGGAGCACUCUGAAGACACUGGUGCACUGAUGGCCCCUAUUUACACCUACACCAAAGACUUCAGACUCUCUAACGAUGAUAUCAAGGGCAUCCAGGAGCUAUAUGGCAUUCCUACUGACAAGCCUCUACCACCAACCCAGGGACCCGUUACCCCCAUGGACAUCUGUAAGGAGCCCAUUACUUUUGAUGCUGUUGCCCAAAUUAGAGGAGAGACUUUCUUCUUUAAAGACAGGUUCCUGUUCAGGUCAGUAAGCUUCAGAAGCAAGCCCAAUGGACCCAUGCUGGUGGCCACCUACUGGCCUGACUUGCCCAGCAAGAUAGACGCCGUCUAUGAAAACCCAGUGGAGGAGAAAACAGUCUUCUUUUCAGGCAAUCAAUUGUGGGUGUACAAGGCGGACGAAUUGGAGAGAGGCUACCCCAAGAGACUCGACAGUCUCGGCCUGCCAGCCGACCUGGAACAGAUUGAUGCCGCUUUCAGCUUUAGGAAGAACAAGAAGACUUACCUCUUUGCUGGGGAGCAAUUCUGGAGAUAUGAUGAAAAUACAAAGACGAUGGACAGCGGUUUCCCCAAAGUUAUUGCUGAAGCUUGGAAUGGCAUCCCAGAUGGCGUUGAUGCUGCCUUCAGUCUCAACGGAAUUGAUUACAGCUACUUCUUCAAAGGCAACCACUAUUUCAAACUGGAGGACAGCAGCUUGAAGAUCGUCAAGUUGGGCGAAGUCACAAAGGACUGGCUCGGCUGUUGAGCACAUCACCUGUGAUGAGGACAAUGCCAAACACUUUAUCAUACUCGACCCGAGGCCGCUGCGGCGCACGCUGCGUUUUAAUCCUGCCUCGGAAGCCUCCAUUGGACUUUCUAUACAGCGAAACACAGCUAGGUUUUAAUGUGUGACGAUUCAUUUGUCAAGCACAUGCACAUUUACUAUGUCUUGUACUCUUUCUUUUGUAUAGUUAUUUGGUUUUAAUCCAGUUUUUUAACAGUGACAUCAGGUAUGUCCACACUAAAAUGAAAAGUUUUUUUUUUUUUACCGUGAUGAGCUUGUUGUAAACAGUAUGAGGAUUCCACUUUUGGCUGAGAUAAAGUGUUUAAAGUAGUUUUUAUAAGAAAUGUAUUUGACUAUAGUUGAUUUGCUCGUGGUUGUGCACUACAUUUGAAAAAAAAAAAAGACUUUUGCACAAUCUCUGUGACCGAAUAUGGUGCUUUAGAAACUUUCUUAAGAAAAUGCACGCAAUGGAGUGUCAAACUGAAGGAUAUGUUUACGCAACAAAUAGUUGUGAUCUUUUAAUUUGACACUCAUUUGUAGAUACAUGCAUUUUUAUAUUCUGUGUAAUGUCUGAAGUGGGGGAGUUUCCAGGAAUAUGUUUAGACAGCCAUUAAUUUCCUCUUGUUUAGCACUUUGUAGAAGCUUUAAUGUUUUAGUUUGGUACUGAGGGACUGAAGGCACAGGUUGGCCCUUUAGGUCUUGUUUGCUGCAUGAUAAAAUCAUGACAAAAGUACCGCUGUAGUAUUGCAAAAAAAAUCUAUUUGUUUUACACUCAACUUGUUGAUACAGUGGUAGUUUUUUUUGUCUUGGUUUCCAUGCUUGUGCACUUUUUUACUGUCAUUAAUAAAGAUGGUCAUUAUAAGGUAA